CCUCUUCCGCCGAUUUGCCGUCAUCCCUUCUCCUCGCCACCAAGAAAGGAAAGACCCUCUUCCCCUCUUCCUUCUUCGUCCCCUCGCCCAAGCCACCAGAACCAACGCGCGAUGGACCACGCGGGCUCGAUGGAGGAGCGGGUCGUGACGGAGCGGAUCCGGCGGAAGCUGGAGGAGGUGAACGCUGCUGCGCAGCAGCACCUCGCCGGCGUUCAGGACCACGUCAACUUCACCAUGCAGCAAGCAUACUUCAAGUGUGCAUAUGAUUGCUUUGAUCGCCGACGAAGUCAAGAAGGGAUCAACAACUGUGUAGAGAACUGUAGCGUGCCUGUCCUUACCGCCAACAAUGUUGUUGAGAGUGAGAUGGCCAAGUUCCAGGAACGGUUGAAUCGAUCUUUGAUGGUCUGCCAAGACAAGUUCGAAGCGGCCAAGCUCCAGAAGUUGAAAACAGAUGCCGCUCAGGAACUGGAAUCCUGUGUGAACAGAUCUAUUGAUGACAGCAUCAGGGUUCUCCCCCAUGUGGUGGAUCAGAUCAAGUCGUCCCUCUCCAUGAAUUAGAGGGAUCAUUACUUUUUCAUCAGAACCAGACGUAGAAUACCUUUGAAAUUCACAUUUGUGGAUUAAGUCCGCUUGUUUUCGGCGUCAAAAUCGUUAGCUAGAACAAUGCAGAGCUCGUAUAACAUAGCCGUUGUACCUUAUUACUCACCUUCCUUGAUAAUUGUGUUCGCAUCCACAUUUUGAAAUUCUGCUGAGCUUAAGCACCUUCCAUGGUUUAAAA